GCGUCGUGUGGAGCUCAGCCAUUCGGCGAGCAGGUAGUUCAGUUCAGUGACCAGGAGGCGGGCAACAGGCGCGCAACGGUUGCAUCUCAGCAGCAUCUCCAUUCCCGGCAGUUUGGGGGCGUCUCUAGCACGCUUGGAGUGGAGUACGACGGAAGUGAGGAUGGAGAGCAGCCUGCUCGACACCGCCGCAGCUGCCGCCAGCCUCUGCCCGGCGGCGGGCGGGCGUCGCCGCGCCGGGACCACGGCGGGCUUCCUCAGCUGCUCCUGCUCCUCCAGAGACUGCAGGGUGAGCGCGUCCUACUCCCACUCCAUCAGCCGGAUGCUGAGCGGGGUGCGGUCGGCGGCGCGCAGGAAGCUGUUCAGGGCCGACCCGGCCGACCUGCUGGGCGUCGCCAACUGGCCCGAGGCGGGCGGCGCCGGGCACCAGCAGCAGCACUGGUGGGCGGCGCUCGAGCAUAACUUCGUGCUGGAGUCCACCGACGACGAAUACGGCGGGGUCGUCGUCGACGCCGACAGGCUGCCGGACGACAAGGCCGCCUUCGCUCGCUCCCUCGCGGCGUCGCUUUCCUACUGGAAGUCCGUGGGGAAGAAAGGGGUGUGGUUGAAAUUACCGGUGGAUCGUGCCGAGUUCGUUCCCUUGGCCGUAAAGGAAGGUUUCAAGUACCACCACGCUGAGGAGUCGUACUUGAUGAUGACGUACUGGAUCCCUGACGAGCCAAACAUGCUCCCAGCAAAUGCAUCUCACCAGGUUGGGGUUGGGGGCUUUGUGAUCAACGAUCAAAUGGAGGUCCUAGUGGUGCAAGAGAAGUAUUGCGGUUCGUCGCUGGAUGGUGUGUGGAAACUCCCCACAGGUUUCAUUCUCGCGUCGGAGGAAAUCUAUACGGGAGCUAGCAGGGAGGUGAAGGAGGAAACCGGGGUCGACACCGAGUUCGUUGAUGUCGUUGCUUUCAGGCAUGCCCACAACGUCGCGUUUCAGAAGUCCGACCUGUUCUUCAUCUGCAUGCUGAGGCCUGUAUCGAGUGAGAUCAAGAUUGACGAGACAGAGAUUCAGGCAGCAAAGUGGAUGCCGCUGGAGGAGUUCGUGAAGCAGCCCUUCAUCCGGGAAGACCACAUGUUCCAGAAGAUCAUGGACAUCUGCAUCCAGCGCCUGCGCAAGUGCUACUGCGGCCUGACGCCGCACCACGUCGUCUCCAGGUUCGACGACCGGACGUCGACGCUGUACUACAACGUCGCCGAGCCAGAGGACGUGAACUGCAGCGCCACCUGAACGGAGGGAUCGCCGCCCAGCCUAUAGCUUUUGGUAGUACGAUUGCUGCGAGUGUGGAAACAGCUGAAAGCGCAAGGCAAUAGUGUUGCCGAGCCUGUAAAUAUAUUUCUAGGACACUUAGGCAAUGACAGAUCGGUAGCUGCAGUUUGGACAGUGAAUAUCUUUAUUCAGAUCCUCGGCAAUAAAGAAGUCCGAACCUGUGCACCCGAUCCAAAAACAAGAGUCGUCCUCCCGUAUCA